GAACGGCUUACGCAACCACUUUUUGACGGCUUUCCAGAUGUAGCGAGCAUGAUCGGGGGUAUUGGGAGCAGUUGACCAUACAUACCUUCUUUAUCCUGCUUUGUCUUGCCUGUCCAGCUUAUCCUCAUGGCCGAGGACUCAUAUCAUGAACUCUUGGGACUCCCUCCUCUCCGGGUGCGGGAGACGGUUGAGCUCAACAUCCCGUUACCGCCAAGUCAAAUGGUGCAGGAUGACGCCGCUUUAAGGAUUCAGAGAGGAUGGAAAGCGUAUGUCGAUCGACGGACUUUCGGGUGGUUGAAGGAGAAUCUAUUACGAGCGGAGCGUUCUAUGACGAUGGAAAUCUUACGCAGGCUUGCACCGAAAGAAGCCGAGCUGAUGCGCGACCCUGUGUUUGAGGCUAGGAUCAGAUUCCGCUUUGGAGGCACUUCCUUCCCACCGACCAUCAUGUAUAAGAUUUAUACGAAAAGCAACAGCGUGCAUUACUACAGCGGAAAUCGUGUGAUCCAGUCUCAUACGCAGGCGGCCGUUGAUUCCUGCACGAUCAUGGGUGUUCGCUUGUAUGCAGAGAACCUGAUUCGGACGGAGCAACAGAAUCGGGCUUUGAAGAUGCCACAUUCUGAUCAGGUGACGAACCGGCUGGAGUUCAUACAGCACAUGAGCUCCCUGGACCAAAAGCCUGCAUACAUGGGUGGCCGCAACAACGGGUGGCGGGAGAUGAACGUAACGCCAUAUGCAGGGCUAUCUGAGUGUGUUUUCGACGUUAGAAGGAGAGGAGGUGUGCCGGAACGGAGAGCUUUGCCGUGGAAACGGAGACCACAAAAACCGGGAAAUUGCGGUAAAGGGCGGAAUGAACCACGGUUCGGAAAAGCGGGGGAUGAUCGGCAAAUGUACAAACAUGAAGACGAUCUUUGGGAAGACGACGACUUUGAUCCAUUGUUUGCGUGGACGAACAACCUGAAUCUGGAGUCGCUGGUGGACUAUGUGCUUGAGGAAUAGCUGUCACUUGUGAAUAUGAAGUUCUGUACGGCGAGAAGCUAGAACGCUGCAUCGCUGGAUCAAUCUAGGUAACAGGCGGU